CACAACCGCACCAACAUGGAUGGCCUCGCUUUGAGACGGAUAUGCGUCGCUCUCGUUGUUUCUGUGUGGGUAGAUGUCGUUGCUGGAAGUGCAAUAGGUAAUACAGUAAUAAACUGUAAUGCUGUGUCUGAGAUGAAAACUCUUGGUCCUGUGGAUGAAGGAUAUUCAGGUGAUGUGGAGCAGGUGACUGGUAUUGAACCUGGUACCAUCGUGACGCUGGAGCAUGAUGUUUUUCCUGACCACCUUCGGUUUCUGGAGUUGAGCUUCACACCAGGGGAGACCACAGCAACUGUCCGCACUAAGGAGCCACUCGAUGCGGACCUCCUGGCUACGAGUGACAGAACCUUGUACUACGCUUUGGUGUGUGGCAAUGCUAAUAAGUACCGAAACGCCCGCAGGCUGAAAGUCAAUGAUAUCAACGAUAAUAGCCCAAAGUUUGAUAAGAAGUUCUAUAGCACAAGUGUUUCAGAGAUCCAGAGUGUGAACACUGAGGUUCUUCGAGUGAGAGCUGUGGAUGCAGACAGCAGUCCUGAGUUCAGCCUUCUGACAUAUUCCUAUGAACCACAAACAGAAGACUUCUCCUUAACCAACUCCGGAGCGUUUUUGUUAAUGAGACGUCUGAACUACAAUGUUGUCUCAAAGUACAAUUUUGUUGUCACUGCCAGGGACAAAGAUGGAAGGAAUGACACAACCUCGGUGGAGAUCACUGUAGACGACUUUGAUAACUUAAAUCCCUAUUUCAGCCACAGUCUGUACCAGGCUGUGAUUCCAGAGAACCAGAACGGGGCGCUUGGCGAAAUCACACCAGAGGCAAUAAAGGCCCAAGAUGGAGACACUGGAAUCAAUGUGACUGUAACCUACAGCAUCACCUCAGUCUCUCCCGCCAAGUACCGAACAAGCUUUGACAUCGACUCAGCCUCCGGAGUUCUGUCUGUGGUGACGUCCUUCGACAGGGAGGAGAUGGACAGCAGCUCCAUCUCUGUCAACAUCAGGGCGGCCCAGACCGAUGACUCUCUGAAGACCGCCGACGCCGUUGUGUCCGUCACAGUGGAAGAUGUGAACGACAACGCGCCAGAGUUUGACCAGUCUGACUACACUGUGAGCCUUCUGGAAAACUCCCCGGCUGAGACUGUGGUGUUCAAAGCUGCCGUCACCGACUUGGACCAGGGAGGAUUUGUUGGAACCCUUCAAGUUCUUCCAGAAACAUCCUUUUUCUCCAUCAGCCCUGAUGGGACGGUCCGAGUGAUGAACCCUGAGGUUCUGGACCGAGAAGUCACCGAGGCGUUCGUAUUUCAGAUUGAAGCAAAGGAGACAAAUGAGCCCAAACACAGCGCAACAGCUCAAGUCACUAUUAACCUCCUGGAUGAGAACGACAACAGCCCAAUUUUCAGCAGCAGCAAGUACGAAGGGUCUGUGUUUGGAAAUCAGACAGUGGGAAUGCUGGUUGUCAAGGUUGAGGCAGAAGAUGCAGACGCUGGAAAAAACGGGGAGAUCCACUAUUCCAUUGAGUUCGGGAACAGCGACGGCUACUUCUCCCUCAACUCUAGCACUGGAGAGAUCAGACUGGCUAAAACCAUUCCUCUGGAGGAAAACAGAGUGUUGGAGUUCCCUCUCUACAUCACAGCCAGAGACGGAGGAAGCAUCUCCCGUUCCACCUCGGCACAGGUGUUUGUCCGUGCUCCUGGGAACUCAAAGCCUCAGUUUGUACAAAAACUCUACCAAGUUGCUGUGCAAGAGGAGCAGGAUCCAGGAACUCUGGUUCUGAAGGCCAGCUUCCUUGCAAUACCUCCUGAUUCUGUGACCUUUGCGGUUACAAAAGAAGCUGACAAGUUCUCCAUCUCCCCCGCUGGUGAAGUCAGAACCAUAGGGAAGCUCGACCGUGAUGAGGCGCCACACAACUACUCAGUGGAAAUCUCCAUCAGUGAUGGUGUCACCGGGGACACUGCAGUGGUGGAGGUUCAAGUCACUGAUAUCAACGACAACAGCCCUGUUUUCGCCUCCAGUUCUGUCACCAAGCCCGUCCCAGAGGACGCAGAGGUGGGAUCCAACAUCACCCGGGUUCCAGCCACAGACAAAGACAGCGGCUUUAACAAGGAGAUCAGAUACUCGCUGAGAGGAGGGGAGGGGCGGUUCUUUAUCGACCCCGUGUCCGGGAUGGUAAGUUUGGCCGCUGAGCUCGACAGGGAGACCACCGCGGAGUACGAGCUGUUGGUGGUGGCUGAAGAUCAAGGCCGUCCUGCCAGGUCGGCCACGGCCACGCUGCUGCUCCAGGUGACCGACGUCAACGACAACGUCCCAAAGUUCUCUGAGCCGCAGUAUCAGCUGGAAGUCUCAGAGAUUCAGCCAGUGGGUACAAGCCUUCUCACCCUAUCAGCUGAAGAUCCCGAUGAGGGUGUAAAUGGGAGAGUCACCUACAGCAUUUCCCAGCAAAGCCCUUCGUCUGAGCCCGCAGUGUUUGAGUUGGAGGCCUCCAGCGGGAUCCUGAGGCUGGUGCAGCCUCUGAACUACAGCGAGGUCAAAGUGUUCACGCUGAGCGUCCGGGCCUCGGAUGGAGGGACGCCCUCGUUGGCUGGAAAUGGCUCUGUGGUGGUGAAGGUGAAGGACGUCAACAAUAACCCUCCUAAGUUCAGUCAGGAAAUCUACAAUGUGGCGGUCUUUGAGAACCUGGCCAGUGGUGCAUCCAUCAUGAUGCUGGAGGUCACUGACAUAGAUGAGGGUGGAUUCUCCAACGGUCACUUCCUCUACACCAGCGAUAUUUUUGAAAUUAACAAACAAGGGCUUGUCUCGCUAAAGAGAGACACAGCUCUGGACAGAGAGACACAGGACAGCUACAUGUUGCAGGUGGUCGCCGUGGAUCAGCCGACCGACGGUCUGAGCGCCACGGCUCAGCUCAACGUCGCCGUCCUUGACUACAACGACAACACCCCGCAGUUCCCGGCCAUCCCCUACCCCCUGCACUUCCCUGAGGGGGAAUAUUCAAAGGAGAAACCGGGAGAGAUUUUCACCAUCCUGCCCACAGACGCAGACAUCGGUCUCAAUGGAAAGGUCACCGUCUCCCUCAUGUCCCCGCACCCCUUCUUCAGCUUCAGAGAGGAUGGGAUGCUGUUGGCUGUAGGUUCUUUGGAUCGGGAGAGCACAGAAAUGUACGACCUGGUUCUGAAGGCCUCAGACAAAGGCAGCCCACAGAGAGAGAACAUCACCACCAUCAGAGUGAGCCUCACAGACGUCAACGACAACAGGCCCGAGUUCAGCUCCAGCAUCUACGAAAGAAGCAUCUUGCUGAAAGACGCAGAGGAGGGGAAGCUGCUGCUGACGCUGAGCGCCACCGACCGCGACAUGGGGAACAACUCGCUCAUCACCUACAGUUUCUCUGAAGGAGAUUCGUCAUUUUUGGCCUUAAACCACCAAACAGGAGAAGUGACGCUGACCUCCGACCUCGCUGAUGUAACCGAAGACAUCACGCUGCUACUGAUGGCUGUGGCCACAGAUCAGGGCAGCCCUCCUCUCAACUCCACAGCUCGUGUGGCGGUGAAUAUCAGGGUCGUCAGUCUGGAAGACGGCGUGGGCUUUCAGAGGGCCUCUUACAACUUCAGUCUGCCAGAGAACCAGCCGAAGGGGGAAACCGUGGGGCGGGUCCACGCCUCCUCGGGAAGCGACCUGUACGAGAUCUCCUACGGACUCAUAACGCAAACUGACGUGUUCUCCAUCACCAGCGAUGGGGACAUCUUGACCACAGAAGAGCUGGACAAGGAGGAGCAGGAGUGGUACAUCCUGGAAGUGGAGGCCGUGGACACCCGGACCCCCCCGACAUCCGCAGUGGCGCUGGUCAGAAUUCAGGUGAAGGAUGUGAAUGAGUCCCCGGUGUUCUCCUCAGAGGAUUAUGAAGCCUUGGUGUUCAGCAUCGCCCCGUACAAAACCCCAGUCGUCCAAGUCAAGGCCGUGGACCAUGAUGUUGGAGACAAUAGCGCUCUGGUCUACAGUCUGUCAGCAGACAGCUCCUCCUUUGACGUGGAGCCAUCCUCAGGUCUGGUGUAUGUGGUGUCAGCAGCAGAUCUGGGUGGACAAACCGUUACACUGGAGGUGAAGGCUACAGAUCCCAAAGGACUUCAUGCUAAAGCAACAAUAAAGGUUAUAGUUCAGGACAGCGCGAGCAGCAGCGACGUGACGAUCAUCUCUCUAAAUCAGCCGGCUAACUUUGUGGAGAGGAAGGUUCCAGAGCUUGAAAAGUCUUUAGGCAAAGUUCUGGGCUGGGUGGUGAACAUAAUCCAGGUGUGGAGCUCUGAUGGAGAAGAAACCCGAAUGCUGAGGGCAUCUCCAAGGACCUUGGUCAGCUUUGUUGCUAUUGACGGCGGGGAAGCCAUUUCUGCUGAGGAAGUCACAAAGAGACUGCAGAGUGAGUCUGCUGAUGUGAAGGCGGAGCUGGCCCUGCUGUUUGGGGACGGCCUACAUUUUGAUGUAGAGACCGGGUCUCCAAGCUCCACCUCCAACCAGGCUUUGGUCAUUGCUCUGGGGGUUUUGUUUGCCCUGAGCUUCAUUGGAUUGAUUGUUGCCAUGGUGUUUGUUGUCAGGUUCAAGAAGUGUGGGAAGCAAAGAGAUCCUGACCAAGAGAGCCUUCACAUCAGCCGCCAAACUGAAGGUUACACGAACUACAAUUACCAGAAUGACUCUAAAACCCCUCAGCUGAGUAACGCAAAUCGGGAUGAGAGCCGAGCAGAGGACAGAGACAAGGCUCAGUGGGACAGACGGGCUGAUGAGGAGGAGACAUCAAACAAAGCCAGUAACGGCAUGGCACUGAGAGGGCACACAAACAGCGAGAGCGAUGAAAGUCACACUUCUGCUCUCUGAUGCGAACGUCAGAACUCUGCCAAGCUUUAGGCACACCGCCAGAAAAAUAAUAAAAUGUACAAAAUAUGAAAAUAAAAUAUCCACAUUUAUUAACUUUAAGCACCUCAGAACCGCAUGUCAGGGAGCACUCACUUCUAGUUCAAAUGUGAUCCCUGUUCUGCAUCAGCGACUGCAGAUCUGCUUCUCUCUGUUCAC